ACAACGUAAUGCUGUGGCUGGCCAAUGGGGAUAUACCCUGCAGAAAUGUGUGAUGAGUAAGUACUGAAAGCUGCUAAAAGCAUUGCUCUCUAGCUUUAUGAUAUAUCACACAGCUCACUUGCACUCUCUCUCUCUCUCUCUCUCUCUCUCUCUCUCUCUCUCUCUCUCUCUCUCUCUCUUUCAUACACAUGCACAUGCACACACUUUCUGCUGGCCAUGGAUUCGCGGGGGAGAUAAAUCGGAAGCCGUAGUUGCAAACUGACAUGUACGAGAAAAUCAAAUGACUUCUGGAGACAACAGCUAUGAGCAUAUAUUCCCUAUGGGGGCAACUCUAUUAUUCAUUCAAGCUGACCCAAAGUGAAUGAGUGUGAGUGCGUGUAUGCUUGUGCUCUAGUCGACCCAAAACUGCAAAGGAAAAAGACAAUGAAUCUGGAGAAUCUGACUUCCCAGAGCUUUCUUUCAGCAACCCACAGCAACACCAGCAAUCUCUUCCUGGGGCUCCAGCUGGUUCAGUUCUUCAAGCCGCUUAUCAUCCCUUGCUACUCCCUUGUGGUUUUCGUGGGCAUCAUUGGGAAUUACCUCCUCAUCUACGUUAUCUGCAAGACCAAAAAGAUGCACAAUGUCACCAACUUCCUGGUAGGCAACCUGGCCUUUUCGGACAUGCUCAUGUGUGCCACCUGUGUCCCCCUGACCCUGGCGUAUGCCUUUGAGCCCCGAGGCUGGGUCUACGGGCACUUCAUGUGUUACUUUGUGUUCCUGAUGCAGCCGGUCACGGUGUUUGUGUCUGUCUUCACCCUGACUGUCAUUGCCGUGGACAGAUACUACACCAUGGUGUAUCCCCUCCGCAGGAGGCUCACGAUACCAAUCUGCACCUAUAUCCUGGCUGGCAUUUGGCUGCUGAGCUGUGUGCUGGCUGCCCCAGCCCUGCUGCGCACGUACUAUGCCGAGUUUCCAGAGCUGGACUUCUCCAUCUGCGAAGAAUUUUGGUUUGACAGGAAGAGAGAUCGCUUAGCUUAUGCCUACAACACCCUCAUUUUCACCUACGUCCUGCCCUUGGCAGUCAUCUCUGUCUCCUACCUGAGGAUAUCCGUCAAGCUGAAAAACAGAGUUGUCCCUGGCAACGUCACCCAGAACCAAGCGGAGUGCGACCGAGCCCGGAGGAGGAAGACCUUUCGCCUGCUGGUCCUGGUGGUGGUUGCUUUCGGGGUUUGCUGGCUGCCUUUGCACAUCUUUAAUGUGAUCAAGGACAUCGAUAUCAAGCUGAUAGACAAGCAGUAUUUCAAUCUCAUCCAGCUGCUUUGCCACUGGUUUGCUAUGAUGUCUGCCUGCACAAAUGCAUUCCUUUAUGCCUGGCUGCAUGACAGCUUCAGGGGGGAGCUGAAGAAAAUGUUCGCCUGGCCAAGGAAAAAAAUAGGACCAGCCACCAAUUGCAUCGUGGCUAGCGUGGUGCUGUAAAUAUGGGCUUUUCCCACUUGCUGUGGCCUCUUUCGUGAUGAAUGUCAAAAGUUUCUCUUUGUACUGUAAUUAACAUGUGAGCAUGUGCAAGGGGUAUCGGAUGCUAAGUUUAAUGAAAACCAAUUGAUGCCACAUAAAACUUGCAGCCAGAAUUAAUUAUAUGAAUGAAGGCAAACAGCACACAAUUUCUUUCCUAUCGCAAUAUAGCUUGCUUUCAAGUACUGUUGCUGCUUUGCAAAUGGUGGAUUCCUUAUUUAUUUAUUUAUUUAUUUAUUUAUUUAUUUAUUUAUUUCCUACGCACCCCGCUUUUCCUCAAGGCAGUGUACGUGGUUCUCCUUCUCAUCAUUUAAUCCCCACAGCAACCCUGUGAAAUACAUUAGGCUGAGAGGCAGAGACUGGUCCACGGUCACCCAGUGAGCUUCGUGGCUGAGUGGGGAUUUGAACCCUGGUCAAGCAGGUUCUUAGUCAUAUACCACACACCACUGGCUAGAAUUAGAGUAGGGUAGGAAAUGAAUGGAAAAAGAGUUGUGUGGAUUUUAUUAAGCAGUGAGAGGAGGUCAAAGAGAAACACUGCAGUGAGGGAGAAGUGGAGAAGAACAUAAGAAGAUCCUGUGUGAGAGCCAGUGUGGUGUAGUGGUUAAGAGCGGUAGAUUCGUAAUCUGGGGAACCGGGUU